AUGGGAAGGCCUACUGUGAAGACGGUGCAGGGUGCUCAAGCUUUUGAUUUAGUCCUGAUCGUGCAUGUUACGUUGAGAAAACGUACUGGCUCUGCCUUUAGCUUGAAUGGUAAUGGAGAGCCUAUUGGUCGUGAUGUAGGUCGUAGCAGUCAUGACCAAGGUCUUCCUGUGGCGCCGAAUGCUACCUCUGAUUAUGGUAUGCCUUUGUACGAGCAGGAGAGUCCGACCUUUUCCUUCAACCCCGUUGGUUCUGGUGGUGGGUCUAAGGCAACUACAGAGCAAGGGGCUGGGUAUGUGCAGGGUAAGGCCUUUAAUUCGGAAAUGCCCAAUGGUUCGCUGGGUGAUCCUCGAAAGGUGUGGCACUAUGAUUAUAGUGACCCUAGUAGAGGCCGAAUCUACUCUAGCAAUGGUCCUGAACGUCACCAAGAACGAGUAAUGGCACCUGAUGCCCUUGAAGGUGGUAGGAAAGGCCAGAGUACCACUGUGGGUACUGCUGGGACCUACCAUGGUAACCUGGAGUCAUUUCCAAUGACCCCAAGUGUUGCUGGCCAGAUAGGGGAACCUUACGGUAGAACUCCUCCCUAUGGGGAGAGAGUAACACUGUGUAGGCAACCUGAUGGCAAUUUUAAGAUGGUUCAAGAAGAUUAUCCGCUAGCCUUCAAUGAUGGAAGGCCUAGAGGGGGUGAUAAUGACUCUAUCAACUCUCGUAUAGUGAGUCAGGUGGAGUCAGUAUUGUCUGAAAAUCUGAAGACCAUCGCCCCUACUAAUGCUAAGAAGGCCCAAAUUCGUUUGAAUAUGGGUUAUCGUAUGCCACGGUAUGGAUACUUGAAGUCCUUCUGGUUACUGCCUCCUCAGUGGCAGAAGGAGAGACCUGCUGACUUACCUAUUGGUUCUGAUGAUUUGGCUAUUAAUGAAGCUCAAUUAGAGUUUGUUAAGCACCGA